ACCAAUGAGGAGAUGGGAAAAACAAUUUUAGCUCUGCAGCAGAGCAAAACUAUAUCUGGGGUUACAGAUUAAAUACUACGUCUGUGUUCAUACAUAUAAUUAACCUAGUUUAUUUUAGAUGUUGUUCGGGUGAAAAAGUUGUUGAAGUUGCGGUUGCGACUUGCGAGGCGCUAACUUGGGGGAUUAGUUUGCAUGCAGCCCGACAGCGGAGGCUGACUGCGGCGGGAUUGGCUGUGAGGUGUUAAAGAUGGCGGCGCCCUGUGGAGUGCAGCUACUCUAACAGAGGUGCCUGGAGACUGUGUUGGUGGGUGGCCCCAGGAGUCCUCCAGGCAGGCAGGGACGGACACCGCGAGAGAGAGAGAGACGCUGCCUCCCCCUCCAGCACUGCCACCGACCAUGGCCAGGGAGCAGCCCAACGUGGGGGACCUCCUCCCGCUCCUUGAGACCUCCGACCUCCAGCAGCUAGACGAGAUCAGAGGCCUCAUCAACGAGCAGCUCAGCACUGAGCGAGGAUCCAUGCUGCUGAACGCGCUGGUGGACUACUUCUUGGAAACAAACUCUGCCCAGGCCAUGCAUAUCCUCUCCUCAGUCAGAGAGCCACAUGAUAAGCACCUUCUGGACAAGAUGAAUGAGUGCAUGACCAGACAGGCCUGCCGUCUGCCCACCCUCACCCUGCUCGGCCAUGUCAUCCGCAAGCAGCCGUCCUGGAUCCACAAGAUCGCUCGAUACCCUCUGCUGCUGUCGCUGCUCAAAUGCCUCAAGACGGAUACGGACGUAGUGGUGCUGAUAACCGGAGUGCUGGUGCUGAUCACUCUGCUCCCCAUGAUCCCUCAAGCCGGGAAGCAACACCUGUGGGAGUAUUUCGACAUCUUCGGCCGCCUGGCGUCUUGGAACCUUAAGAAUCCCGGGCACGUUUCGGAGGUUUACCUAAUCCACCUGCACGCCAGCGUCUACUCACUCUUCCACCGUCUCUACGGCAUGUACCCUUGCAACUUUGUGUCCUACCUGCGCUCCCAUUACAGCAUGAAGGAGAACAUGGAAACGUUUGAGGAAGUAGUGAAGCCAAUGCUUGAACACGUUCGUAUUCACCCAGAACUGGUGACGGGUACCAAGGACCAUGAGCUCGACCCCGCCAGGUGGAAAAAGUAUGAAAUCCACGAUAUCGUCAUCGAAUGUGCCAAAGUGUCUCUAGACCCCAAGGAGGCCUCCUGUGAGGAGGGCUACGCCAACAUGCCUGCGAACUUUUACCCCCAAGUCCACCUGCGACCACAAGACUGCACUUCCAGCCCCUACACAGACCUCCACAGCAGCUUUGGAAGUUCUUCUUCGACCCCGUUCUCGACUCCACGGCAGCCGCUGCCCCUGUCCUUGCCCCCCUUCUCAGGGACGCAGUCCUCCCCCCGCAGCCCACAGACCUCCAGACGGCAGAACUCCUCCGGUGAACUCAACUCUUCCUGUGGGGGGAAGGACCCUCUGUGGAGCCCCUCCUCGUUGUGUGGCAUGGCCACGCCCCCUUCCUCCAGAGGCAUGUCGCCCAACUCGGAGCUCUCCCACAGUGCCUCACACCUUCCCGGCCGCUUCCAAUGCACAUCAGGAGGAAAAGGAACGCCUGCCUCCAGCACUCCAGCCACCUCUUCCCCACCUCCCACCCUAUCAGAUGACUUCCCCAUAAUCUCCUUACCAGCCAACACAGUCCAGUCCAGUCCACCAAGAAAGGAUCGUCGACAUGGAGAAAGUGGAAAGCCUGCGCUGGUGAGACAGGAACCAGUGAAAGAUACAGAGAAGAGUGCGGAAGUAGCAACAAACAGAGAAGCGGGCGCUGCGGAGAACGUCUCCAUGACUCUGACGGAGCUGUCGGUCUUCAUGAAGAAACAGGAGCUGGAGCUUCAGCUGAGGACGGAGAAAGAGAGGGAAGAGGCUGCCAUCACAGAGGAGCUGCUGAAGAUUACCGAGGAGAAGCAGGAGCUGUCGGGUUUGAGGGACUUCGACUCCCCGUUCUAUCUCACCACGGAGACUCUGACCGGCUGUCAGGCACAAGACAAGACCUUCUCCGACAUCCAGCCCGGCGGUCCCACCAGCAACACCCAGCAUGUAGUAUCCACGCCGGACAAAGGGGAGACCACCACGAGUACCAGUGGCGGCGGGAGCGAAAGGGGAGGAGGUGGAGCAGGGGACAGCAGGAGCUCAGCCCUCGGCCUCGAGCAGUCCUGGUCCUUCCAGUCAGGGUUCACCCCCAUCGAUCACCACCUGCACCGGAGCCCCUCGGCCCCGGACGAGGACUUGGCCAAGUUCGGGAUGUUCUCUCCGAGCCCGUGCGACAAGGCGCCGGUGCCCUACGAGUCGUUCUUCGACCUGGCCCUGCCCAGGGCGGCCUCGCUCUUCGUGGGCCAGAAGACGACGGAGGCGGUGCACAAGGCUGCGCUGGAGAGGAUGUUGCAGCGGGAGGAGGGGCUGGAGGACGGGGAGGAGGAAGGAGUCGCGACCGCUUCCCCACUGGAGGUGCUGGAUCGCCUUGUUCAGCAGGGGAGCGACACCCAUGAUAAAGUUCUCAAGAGAUUACCUUUGCCAAGUAAGUCAGCUGACUGGACGCACUUUGGAGGCUCUGCUCCGCUGGACGAGCUUCACACGCUGCGCAGCCAGCUGCUCCUGCUGCACAACCAGCUGCUGUACGAGCGCUACAAGAGGGAGCAGCACGCCGUCCGCAACCGACGCCUCCUCCGACGCAUCAUCAACGCCACCGCGCUGGAGGAGCAGAACAACGCUAUGAAGGACCAGCUGAACCUGCAGAGUGUGGACAUCGUGUCUCUGAGGGAGAGUCUGCAGGUGGAGCAGCAGCGGUACAGGCAGCUGUGGGACGACCGGGAGACGGUGGUGACCAGGCUGCACAGUCAGAUCAGACAGCUGCAGCAGGGUCGGGACGACUACUACACCAAGAACCAGGAGCUCCAGAGCAAGUUGCAGGAGUGCCAGAAGAGGAUAGAUGAGCUGGAGGCGGAGCUUCAGAGGGCCAACAACAAAGUGUGCCACACCGGUCACCUCCUCAACCAGAUGACCAUCAAGCUGAGCAACAGUGAGAGCACCCAGCAGCAGAUGAGCUUCCUGAACAAGCAGCUGCUGCUCCUCGGGGAGGCACAUAAGCUGUCCAUGCAGGAGUUACCCCACGCAGGCGCCGACAAUACCAAGGAGGCCCAGAUGCUGAAGCUGUCUUAUGGGAAAGAGGUGGAGACGCUGAGGCAGAGCCUGCUGGUUCAGGGUCAGAAAAUGGAGGCGGCACAGCAGAGAGUCUGCGAGCUGGAGACGCACCACUCCAAGAAGGAGCACCUCAUCGCCGAGCAGAAGAAGUUCCUCGAGGACGUGAAGUGUCAAGCGAAGGCGGAGCUGCAGGGCUCAGACAGCAGGUAUCGGGCUCAGAGGAGAAUCACUCAGCUGCUGCAGACUGAACUCCUGCAGCUCUACAGCAGAGUGGAGACAGAGGCUCCGGCCGGCACCGCCAGCAGAUCGCCACCAGGGGGCGGAGCUGACCCACAUGCUUCUGCUGACUCCAGUGUCACGGUACCAGACAGACAACUUCACACCAACGAAGAAGUGGGCAGCAGACCACCGCGCGGCUCCCCUCGGGGCCACAGCAGCACUUUAUCGCCACGUCAACCAAAGGCGAGCAACUCUUCCAGGACCACGGCCUACUCCGGCAGCCAGGACCAGUCCCCGUCCCUGCUGGUGGAGCCCUCCUUGUCCUGUCCCGACCCCAACUUGCUCGCGCCCCUGCCCCCCUCCCACGCGCCGCUCACCGUGGGCUCCUACCCCAGCGCCAAGAGCUUCCUGGGAAUGAGGGCCCGCGAGCUGUUCCGCAACAAGAGCGAGAGCCAGUGUGACGAGGAGCAGCAGCAGCAGCAGUCGUCGCGCCUGGCUGGCCUCGCACACGGCCUGAAGACGGAGCUGUGCGUGGAGCCGCCCUGCCCCGGUUAUGUCGCCCCCGUCGGCUCGGCACAUUCCGCAGCCCCGGCCCCUGCCCUCACCACUCCUCUCACUGUGCCCACCAAGGAGCCCCCCUCUGAGCCCAAGCUGCGGGCCUCUAGCCAGGAAAGCCCCCGCAGGAAGGUGGGAUCAGGUGGAGGGCGGGGUCAGGCGGGUUCAGGGCGCCCCCGGCAGCAGCAGCUAAAGAUCAUGGACUACAAUGAAACGCAUCACGAGCACAGUUAAGAGACAUUGGACUGAGCCGGGACGGAGGUCCAGAGACGAGUUUAACAUCGGAGAAGAGCUAAAUCCGCAGAAAGAGUAACCUGUCAGCAACUCUUUGGAUUUCUGUGUUAUUUGUUCCAUUCCUCUGAGUGGACAACAGGAUUUCCCACAGUGUUUUUCUACUUUUUUUCUUUUUUCUUCCGAGUCAUUCCCCCGAUGAAUUUUUGACAUGAUGAGAGGGGAUACUAAUUGGAUGUGAUGUUACCAGAGAAGAUGCUAGUCUUAUGAAUUUGAUUAUGAGACAAAUACGCCGAACAGUGAUCAACGUGAUCAAUAACUCACAUGUGACACUGUGAGCCCAACGUUUUUAAGGGUCAGUUCAUCCGAACUGCAAACAUCCCACUUGGCUCCAGUUGUACCAGCCAUGCGGAAAGUUUCACUUUCAUUUAUCCAAAUUGUGAGAAAUCGGUCUCUGAGAUUUCUGCUGGCACAAUGGAAGUGAAUGGAAGUUUAGUGGCGCUCGCAGCAUUGAAAGAUCACUUAAAAACAACCUUCUGAAACGCUGUCACCAACUGAAGUCUUCUUUGAUGGGGACACGUUUUCCAGAAAGACAAGUUGCUGUUAUAAUAUAAUCUUAAUAGUAAAUGCCGUUGGCACCACCAAUACAGCCACCUCCAUUGUGUUGCAUGUGGAGACGGCAAUCUCUGACACAAAUAUCUCCAAAUUUGGACAAAUAGAACUCCAGUCUGUACCACUGAAACCAAGUGAGAAAAUGUUUAGUUUUAUUCAUAGUUUGGGUGUACCCACCCUUUAAAACCCUGAAAAAAAUUGUUUGAAAUUUCCACAUUCUGUUGUACCUUUUUUGUUUCUUUUAUAUUUAUUCAGCCAUGAAGUACAUAUCCUAAAUUUGAAUCAGACCUGGCAAAUGACACAAGCCCAAGCUUAUAGAAAUCAUGGUUCGUUCCUUUUUUUUCUGUUCAGGACGACCUGCCGACCAUUUUUGAAGUGCCAUACAAACAUUUGUGUUCUGGCUGAACUCGCACGUCUCUGAACAGAAGUGUUGGUUCUCGUGCUGCGCGUACAGUCAGCUGGUACACCGUGGGAAAGACAACGGCUCGGCCAAUCGGGUUCCUUUGGUGCAGGUCUGAUAAACGGGGAGUUUCCUCUGAGUAUUAGAGUAAACUAAUCCUGUUUAAAUCCUGUUGUCCACCGGAAUGCCUGCUGUCACUUCCUUUUGCCUCGCUAUCUAAAGCAUGUUCAACAAUCCACUUUAAAUGCCAACCGUAGUAACUACCGCAAACCAAGACAGAAGGUACAAUCAGCACAAACUGAAGAAACCAGGACUCUGACUGGAGCUGGACAAUCUGGGAUCAAACGGCAAAAAAAAAGGAAGUUCUUAAAGCAGUGGCUUGUGUUUUAACUGUGAACAAUAAAGAUCGUCUUCAAUGUUUUGCACUACAA